AUGCAGACGACAGUUAAAUUUUUGCCUUUUUUAUUAGACGAUGUCGCUGAAUUUUUUUGCAUAUUACAUAUUACAUGUAAAUAUUUAAAUUUGACCGCUGUUGUUAUUUAUAACAUUUUAACAUUUGUUCAACUCUAUUGGAUACUUCGAGAAGGACAAAUCGUGACUUAUGUUGAUGCUCAUAAAGAAGCUAUAAGAAAUAAUAAAUCAAAAAGAUAUUUUCAUUUUAUACAUUCAUCAAUAAGUGAGAAAAACUUCAGUGGAAAAACAUUAUCCAAAGCAAUAAACUCACAAAAGUCGCCGGCAUCAUCUUCAUUAAUCAUCAUUUUAAUGGUGAUUUUAUUAGUCUUCAUGAUUAAAUUUUUGAUGGAAAAUUUAAAUUGCGCUCUUAAAAGAGCUGUAAAACUUGUUCAACGUUACAGUUUUUCUAGAUCGACUUCGAUUAUCGGUUGUAAACGUCAAGUAAAGAGUGAGUAUUUUAAACUGUCUUUAGAUGAGAAAUUCAAGGAAUUCCCAGACAUUUCACUCAUCUACAAAGUUUCAUUUUAA